AUGGAUAAAGAAAAUAACGAAAAUUCAAAAGAAAAAACGAAAACAUUCUUAAAUUUAUUUAAAAAGAAGAAAAAAAAAAAUAUAGCUGAAAAUGAAAAUAAUGAAACGAAUGAAAAUAUAACAGACAAUUUAAUAAAUACAAAUUCUAAACAAGUUGGAAAAAAUAAUAAUGAAAAUAAAGAAAAUGAUACUAAAGUUUUAAAUAAAAAUUCAGAAUCAGCUGUAGAAAAUUCUAAUAAUAUUAAUGAAAGUUGGAAUGAUGAUAAAAAUGCUGAUAUAUUUCCUCCAAUAAUUUCCUCAAAAUUAAACUCAAAUUAUAAUAAAUCUAUUGAACAAAAUGAGAAGACAAAAAAUGUUAAUAAUGAAAAAAAAAAAAAUAAUACAAAAAAUGAUAAAAAUAAAAUAAGUGAAAAAAAUUAUAAUUCAUCUGACCCAAGUAAUAUUGCUCAAGGGGAAAGUGAAGAACAAUCAUCAUGUGCUGAAUAUAAUAAUAUUGAAAAAAAUCAAAAUAAAAAAAAAACAAAGGGAGGUGGAAAAAAAGAUAAGAAUGAACAUAAUUCAAAUUCGGAUAAUAACACCAAACAUAUAAAAAACAAAUCAAGUCAACCACUUUCUGAAAACAAAAAUAGUAAGCAUAAUAAUGAUGAUAACAAAAAUAGGCAAGAUAAAACCGGCGAAAAAAACGGCGAAAAAAACGGCGAAAAAAACGGCGAAAAAACCGGCGAAAAAAACGGCGAAAAAAGUGGCGAAAAAAGUGGCGAAAAAAACGGCGAAAAAAAUGCCGAAAAAAAUGCCGAAAAAGGUGAAGCUUCUAAUAUUAUAACCAACGAAAAUACAAAGAGCAAAAAGAAUAAAAAAAGUAUAAAAACGAAUGAAAACAAUUUAAAUUCAACAUUAAGUUCAAACCCUAUAAAUAAUAACGAUUACAAUUAUACAAAAAACAAAAAUGAAGAUCGAAAAAAAAUGGAAAAAAAAGAAAAUUUCGAUACAAAAAAUAAUACUGACAUGUGCAAUAGUAAUGGGGAAAAUCCAAAAAAUGAAACAGUAAAUACAAAUAUGAAUAAAAAAAGUGAAAAUAUUAAAGGGAAUAAUGAUAAAAAUAUAAAAAAAAAAGAGUCAAAUAAAACAAAUAUCGAAAAAAAUUCUAACAAAGAAGGUGUAAAAAAUAAAACAGAAAAUGACAUAAAAAUUUCAAAUGUACAGAAAGAAGUAAGUAGUAGACAAAUCUCAGAAAAGGAAAUAUAUACAGAAAAAAAAAAAAAAAAAAAAAAUAAUAAUAAUGAAAAUAAAAUUAAUAUUUCCUCAAAUAAUGUAGAAACAAAUAAAAAAAAAGAAGAUACAUCUGAUAUAGAAAAUAAUGAAGAUCUAUCAUUGGAAGAAAUAUUAUAUGAAACAACAGAAAGAUCAAAAAUAUAUAAUAGAAAAAAUUAUGGAAUUUUAGGUAUAUUAAACUCAAUAAAAUCAAAUGAUCCACAUUUAAAUAAAUUAUCUUUAGGAACAGAUUUAACAACAUUAGGAUUAAAUUUAAAUUCACCAGAUUUUAUUUUCCCUUCAUUUACAUCACCCAUAUCAGAUAACCCAACUAUGAAAGAUGAUUAUUUUGUGAGACCAGAAUCAUAUAUAAAUACUCAAUUUCAAGUUCGUUUAUCUUUAUUAUUAAAACUGCAGACAGAAACAUUAUUCUAUAUUUUUUAUAAUUUACCAAGAGAUAUUUUACAAGUUUAUGCAGCUUCUGAAUUGUACAUAAGAAAAUGGUUAUAUCAUGUUAUAUAUAAAAAAUGGUUUACUCCUAAUACUAUUAAUAAUUUAACACAAAUAGAAAAAUGUUCUUCUUGGAUUUAUUUUGAUCCAAGCACAUGGUCAAAAAAAAAUUAUAAUAAUUUUUUAAAUUCAAAAGAUAUAAUGAAUGUUGAAGAAGUAACAAAAUCAAUUGAGGAAAUAAUUAAAAUACAAUCUUAUUAUAACAAUAUUCACCAAAAUAAUUCAAGUGAUAAUAUCCCAUCUUCUUAUGAACCCCAAGUCAAUAAUAUAAAUAUUCCUAAUUCAUCUUAA